CCACUUUGAAAACCAAAAACUUGAAAGCAACUAAAAUACAUUUCACGGGUAAAUGAACAGUAUAUUAAAGAUUUUUUGGUAUUAUAUGAAGUCUCCCAGCUUCUGGCCAUAAAUCCUUCCAACAAUCUUCUGGCACGUUCAUGAUAUACAUUUAAAAAAAUGAUUUGAUUGGAUCAUAACUGAAGUAAAGAUGCCACGCAAACGUAAAACAGUUCCUAAAAAGAUUGAUGAUGAAAAGCGACAAAAGCUGACAUGGAAUAUGUCUGAUGUGCCAACAGCAUCAAAAGAAAGUUUAAUUAAUGAUGUGUGUAGCACUUCAACUGCGGCUGUCACAUGUAAACCUUCUUCAUCAAUAGCAAAUGCAGAACCUCAUACUGAACAGACAACUCCAAAUAGAACUAUUUAUCACCAACUCAAUAUAGAGAAAGAGUUGUGCAGUUUUGGUAUUGGAAUUACACAUAGUGGAAGUAUAAUAAAAAAAGACUUUCCAUAUUGUAAACUAGGGGAGAUCCUCGCUGGUUUACCUGAUUUGGAAGAUGAAACAAAACUUGAGAUUGAUACAUUAUUUUCUACUUCUGAUGCCACUACACUCUUUGUUAGUCAAGUCCCUGGUUGCCAUCUGCUAGUGUUUGAAAGUAAACUUAGUGCACCAGUGAAAAGCAGACCCAAAGAUGUCAAACUUGCUGUGUCAAAUUAUUUCAAAGUAGAAUGCAGCCUACCAUUCAGCUGUUUUGAAGCACUGAGAUGUUCCAGUUGGUUUCUCAUCCAGUUCCGAUAUGUUAACACUGUGACAAAGCAAUUAGAGCUGGAUGUGUACCUAACAAAACAGGCCAUCUGCAGACUGCAUUAUCCGUGUGAAUUCCUCCGGCUGAAGAAAACAUUCCAAGCUCUGAAGGUCCUCAUCGACUUUUACUACGGUGUUACAUCUAGUCCUGAUUAUAAAGUGAGAAGGGACAAUGCAGAAGAAGACAUGGAAGAAAAGGAGGCCAUCACUGAUGUACUGGGUGCUGUAAAAAACCUACAUUCUUCAGAAUAUGGCUCAAACUGUUCUUCAUUCGUUCAACAUGAGGCUUUAAAGCCCAUGUUAAGAGCCUACCAGCAAGAUGCCGUGUGCUGGAUGAUCCAAAGGGAAAAAUUGCAAGAAAAAGUAAAGGAAGAUGAUUUACACAUACUAUUCGAGGAACUGAAAAUGUGCAAUGGAGAGCUACUCUACUACAAUAAGUAUCUUGGAAUACUUGUUGAAGAAAAACCUUUGGCAACAGUGUCUCCACCUGGUGGAAUUCUAGCAGAUGAAAUGGGGCUUGGUAAAACUGUUGAGGUGUUGGCAGUUAUUUUGCUUCACCCUCGCAGUGACUUAGUGACGCUGCAACCUCUCAUUGAACAAAGACUCGUCUAUAAGGACAGGCCAAAGAGAAAGAAGAAAAAGAAGUCAUUGAAAGCAGCCAUUAACAACAGCAAUGGCAAAAAUGACAUUGGUGAUAGAGACACCAAAACAAAAGAGACAAUUAAUGAUGUUUCUGACAUACAUGAAGAUAUCAGUAUAAAAACAGGAUUGAACAUUGUUGCUGACAAUAUCACAGAUGCUAAAAACAGCAUAAAUAAUGUCAAUGAUGUGCAGACAACACCCAGUCAGUUUAAUAAACAGGGACAACCUGUAGCUAGAACAAGCCAAGAGAGUACAAACAUAUGGAUUGAACAUGAUAGCGCAAGGACAAUGAAUACAGACCUAUUUGCAGAAAAUCAUUGUGAUCAACUGAACAAUGGUGUGAAACAUGAUACUAUGUCAUCUCAGGAUAAAAUAAAUAACAGCUGUGAUAAGAUGUGUGUCAUAGAAAGUGCAAUACUUAAAUCAAAAGAGGAACUCCAACUGCCAGAGCUACAAGAUCACCAAUAUGUUUCCCCUUGUUCUGAACAUGAAAAAAACAUCCAUGACAAUAUAGACAGUGAUAGCCGAAAAACAGAACGAAACAUUAAUGGUGACAUCAUCAAAACAGAUGACAUCACAAACUAUGACAUCAACAAAACUGUAAUUCCAGUCAUUCAAAAUGCUUCCAACGCGCCAAAGAAACAUGGCUCUCCUAUACACGGCCAGGCUUCUGUUGUGGGAAAUAUCAAUAAUGCUUAUACCUCUCAGGAAGAAAAAACUGGAGUAAUAAAUAUUCCAGACCUCCAAGACAAUAUGAAUUCCACUUGUCAGUUAGAAAUCGCCAAUGUUGAAAAUGAUGUAAAAACUCCAAAAUACAAUGGUAAUUUGGCAAGAGAAAAUAGAGAUAAGGAGACCAACACAAAAUCAAAUGAAACAAUUGCAGACAAUACAGAAGAAGUCAGCACAGAGCAACAACCUUAUUCUGAUAAGGGAGACAAACAGGGGAAGGUUUCAAUGAAACAACUUAAAAAGAAUGCUGGGUCAUGGAAAGAAGUUGUUGAUGAAACUACAAGAUUUGAGUGCAUUUGUGGUGUGCAGGGAGAAGGGAAAGAUGAGACACUUAGAGUUCAAUGUGUUGAAUGUGGCCUAUGGCAACACCCAGAGUGCCUGAACUAUGACCUCAAAGACCCACUUAGACAGCCAUAUAAAUGUCCUCAUUGUCAUAUUUUUGCUCUCCCAAUGUCAUCAAAAGCUACUCUGAUCAUAUCUCCUAGCAGUAUUUGCCACCAAUGGGUAGAAGAGAUUCUUAAACAUGUGAAACAGCAGGGUAUUAAAGUACAUAUUUACAAUGGAGUAAAAACAAAGUAUAUCCAGCCUUGGACGCUGGCCAAUCAGGACAUAGUGGUGUGUACCUAUGAGACACUGAGGACUGAGCUGAACUAUGUUGAUCUUCCCCACAGUAAUUCUGAGAGUGGCCGUAGACUGAGGAAUCCCAAACGUUUCAUGGCUAUACCAAGUCCCAUAAUUGCUGUUGAAUGGUGGAGAGUCUGCCUUGAUGAAGCUCAGAUGGUUGAGUGUGUGAGUACAAAGGCAGCAGAGAUGGUUCUGAGACUGAGAACUGUCAAUAGAUGGUGUGUUACUGGAACUCCCAUACAAAAGGGAAUUAAAGAUCUCUAUGGUUUGUUUGUGUUCCUUGGAAGGGAUCCCUAUUGGGUGGAGCACUGGUGGAACACUAUUUUGUAUCAGCCUUAUUGUCAUGGGAAUAGAGACCCCUUGCACACAGAAGUAGCACGAGUUAUGUGGAGAACUGCCAAGGCUGAUGUUAUUGAUCAGAUCAACAUUCCAGACCAACGGGAGGAAAUCCAUUGGCUGACAUUUUCUCCUGUUGAGGAGCACUUUUACAGGCGUCAGUUCCGUCAGUGUGUGCGUGAGGCAAUGCAGAGACUGUGUAGGUGGACAGACUCAAAGGUGAAACUUAGCAGCCUUGACAGAUACACCAUGCAUCAGCUUUUGUUACCCCUUGUAAAGCUGCGUCAGGCAUGUUGCCAUCCUCAGGCAGUCAGGGGAGAGUUCCUACCUAUUCAUAAAAGCAUGAUGACAAUGGAAGAACUGUUAAAGCAGCUUACUAAGAAAACGAAGACUGAAUGCGAGGAGGCACAUAGACAGAUUGUAGCUGCUCAUAAUGGCCUAGCUGCACUCUAUAUUGCAAAGCAACAGUAUGAAGAUGCAGUCGAAGAGUACAGGGAAGUACUGCGCUCAGUCGAAGAACAUAAGGACCAAUUAAGAACUGAUGAGCUCCAACAGCUACAUGCAAUGUACAACCUCAAUGAGGUUCUGGCACUCAAGCCUUCUGGGAUUGCACCUACUUUGAGGGAUGAUCAGUUAGUGACACAGUGUGAAGAGAUCAAGAGGAAAUACCUGAAGAAGGCAGAAGCACUGGUCACCCAGGCUCAGGAACAUCUAAUACCGGCCCAGGAGAACAUUAGGGAGCUUAGCUACGAGUUUGCUGAAGGGAGAAAUUGGUGGAUUGCUGUCCUAGAUUGGUCAGCAUCUCAUUAUUUUGAUGACAGUCUCCUCCUGAAGGUGCGGGAAGAUCUCCAGAGUAAUAAAAGCCCAGUCAUCAAUAGUAUUAUACACAGGUUCCGUAAUGUGAAAGGUCUACAACUUGUAGUGCAUACUAAACUUGAAGAGCUCCAAACAUCACAUGACCAGUUAGUUAGUGCACUGAAAAAACUAUCUGCAAAACCCAGCCCUGGUAUUGUUAACACAACAGUGGAGUGCUGUCUUAGACCUGUUACAGGGGAAGCAAGUAAAACAUGCCCUUUCUGCAAGUUGGAUGAGAUGUUUAACAGAUAUGAGGCCCACCUCUUCUCAUUUGUGGAUCAACCAGUUAUACAAGGGGAAGACCAUGGUACAACCAGUAGGAGAGGAACAUGGGCAGACAGUGAAGUGGAGAGGGUGCUCAAAGUUAUACAAGGGGAAGACCAUGGUACAACCAGCAGGAGAGGAACAUGGGCAGACAGUGAAGUGGAGAGGGUGCUCAAGUCUAUACUGGCCUAUUACAAACUCAUGCAGAAGAAGCAUCAACUUAUAGAAUCUGGAAACCUUCACAUUAAGAUAUUUGAGAGCCUCAAGAAAGAAUUUAGGCAUUUACGUGCUGUCUGGAUGGUGUUACGAGAACAAGUGGCAGCCAUUGAUGAGCUCUCCAUGGCAACCACUAGAUUGAGGCUCCGACUUCCAGAUGAGCCAGUGCCUGAUCCACCACAGCCUAAUAUCAUAGAACCUGCAGAGUUUGAACAAACCAAAUUGAAGCAAGUUUCUGAUAAGAUUGUUGGCAAGAAUGAAUUGCGGAAAAGUUUAAGUCACUUGCUCUAUUUGCAGAAUCUUUCAAAGAACCAGGGUCAGAUGAAGGAUAACUCAAAUCCAGAACUAUGUCCAAUUUGUCAGCUUCAACUUGGCAAAGAGUGGAGUGUACUCCAGUGUGGCCAUUGUUUCUGCCUAGAGUGUAUUCGUGUUUUAGUUGAAGAAUGUCCAUUUGGAAGUCAGAGGAGGAGACUCAAGUGUCCCAUGUGUAGGCAGUUUACCAGAAAUAGUGACAUAGCGUAUGUGAGUACAGGAGAGACACUGAGGCAAGGCUCAAGCGAACAGUGCAAUAAAGUCAAGGGGGAUCAUUCAACCAAAGUGAUAGGUGUAGUUAGUUGCCUGAUGAACAUCCAGAAAACAGAACUAAAGGCUAAAGUUCUCAUUUUCUCAACAUGGGUAGAUAUUCUCACUGUGAUAGGCCAGGCAUUAUCAGACAAUGGAAUCACCCAUGUAGCAUUACACGCUGGGAAGAAAUCACAGAUCAAUCUUAGUAGGUUUAAGGCAGAGAGUGGUGUAGAUGUCUUACUAUUGCCAAUCCAUUCUGGUGCUAAUGGCCUCAACCUUAUUGAAGCUACCCAUGUUUUCUUAGUUGAACCCAUACUUAACCCAGGUCAGGAACUGCAGGCCAUUGGAAGGGUACAUAGAAUAGGUCAGACCAGGGCAACUACAGUUCAUAGAUUCCUUGUCAGGGGUACCAUAGAGGAGAAAAUGCAUGCUAUGUUGAAGACUGUGUCUGCCCCAGUGAACACUAACAAUGCUGAGGAUACUAACUUUACAAUUGGUGAUCUGUCUGAACUCUUCCAACCGGAGCCUGAUAGAGACACUGAACCCGAGAAAGGAAGCAGGUUUAUUGACAUUGAUGAAACAAAACAAGCUGUGCCACUGCAUCUUGCUUCCACGUCAGAGAAUGGAUUCGGCCUUGUCUCACAAUCUUGGGUUAAGAUGAUGAGGAAGUGUGUACAUAUAGCACUUGAUGGAACCUAUGCAGAGGGCCCUGUAGAAUGA